AUGGCGUCGCCUCCAGUGCUCCAUGUAGCGGGCUUUAAGAGCUGCGGCUUUUAUCGCCGUGUCGUCCAAGUAGUGAGCUCCCUGACGGUCCUCUUUCCAACUCGUAUUCGCGUCCAAGAACACGAAUUUGAAGAUCGAGCUUCCUAUCGCAAAUUCUUGAUUGACGAUGCCUUUCGCGACAAGUUUGACAGUCCGAGCGCCAAGGAACAUUCGUCGUCUCCCUUUUGUUGGUUUUCCUCCGACACUGAGUCCGAAAAUAAGGAAUCCUUUUUGGGAGGACACGACGAUGCACUCGAAUGGUGUCGUGGCUUUUUGAAUCCCUCCACUCCUACUACACUUGGUGCUACUACUACUAGCAAUAGUAUGCUAGACGACGGUCACACGGCCAAUCACGGGUACGAUUACGAUCUCGUGGUGAUUGGUGGUGGAUCCGGUGGAAUGGCCGCCUCCAAAGAAGCGGCCGAUUUGGGUGCCAAAGUCGCCUGUCUCGAUUUUGUCAAACCAUCGCCGGCAGGCACCACGUGGGGACUCGGCGGAACCUGUGUCAAUGUCGGAUGCAUUCCCAAAAAGUUGUUUCAUAUUGGCAGUAUGCUCAAAGAGAGUAUUCAGGAAGAUGGACCCAGUUUUGGAAUGAAUAAUCUGCCACUCAAUGGCAAUGGUGAUGAGCCACAACACCCCGAUAUUCAACACUCGUGGGAAGAACUGCGGGAAAAUGUCAUUAAUUACAUUCGAUCGCUCAAUUUCAAAUACCGCGUCCGUCUUCGCGAAAAGAAUGUCACCUAUCUCAACAAACUGGGACGAUUCGUCGACAAACACACACUCGAAGUCAAGGACAAAAAGGGAAAACUCAGUCAAAUCACGUCCUCCCGAUUCUUGAUUGCCGUCGGAGGACGGCCUACGCCGCUGGCAUGUCCCGGUGGUGAAUUGGCCAUUAGCAGUGACGAUGUCUUUUCGUUGGAAAAGAAUCCCGGCAAAACACUCUGUGUCGGAGCGUCCUACAUUUCCCUCGAAUGCGCCGGGUUCCUCGCGGGGCUGGGUAUUGAUACCACCGUGGCGGUACGAUCCAUUCUCUUGCGAGGAUUCGAUCGCGAAUGUGCCGACAAGAUUGAUGCCUACAUGGUCAAGCACGGGGUCAAAUUCAAGCGACAAGUCACACCCGCCAAAUUGGAACAAAUUGGAGAAAAAAUCAAAGUAACCUUUUCCGAUGGCACCGACGAAGAAUUUGAUACCGUGCUGGGGGCCAUUGGACGUACGGCCGAUACCGAACAAUUGGGAUUGGACAAUGUCGGUGUGGAUAUUAAUCCCAAAAACAAAAAGAUCUUGGGCAAACUAGAACAAUCCGUCUCGGCACCGAAUAUUUAUGCCGUGGGGGAUGUCUUGGAGGGAUCCCCGGAGUUGACACCCGUCGCCAUCCAAGCUGGAAUUGCGUUGGCGCGACGUCUCUUUGGUGGAUCCAAGGAACCCAUGGAUUACAUCAAUGUCUGUACCACAGUCUUUACUCCCAUUGAGUACUCUUGUGUCGGUUACUCGGAGGACGACGCCAUUGAAAAGUUUGGCCUCGACAAUAUUGAAGUCUAUCACCGCGAAUUCUUGCCUCUGGAAUGGUCCAUUUCACACGGACGAUCUGAAAACUUUGCCUUUGCCAAGGUCAUUACCGAAAAGGAGGCUCCGCAAAAGGUACUGGGCAUUCACUAUCUAGGACCGCAAGCAGGAGAAGUCAUGCAAGGAUAUGGUGCCGCCAUCAAGUGUGGAUUGACAUUUGAAAAACUCAGCAAUACAGUGGGUAUUCAUCCGACGUCGUCCGAAGAACUCGUCACAUUGAGUGUGACUAAGGCCAGUGGCGAGGAUGCCGCGGCCGGUGGAUGCUGA